GGGAGGUCGUCGUCGUCGUCCCAGGGGAAGCGAGGUCGGGGCGGCGGGGCGGAGAUGGCGGCGUGGGGGCAGACGGGGACGGCGUCGCGGAUCUACAGGGUGCGGGCGACGGGGGGGAAGGACCGGCACAGCAAGGUGUACACGGCGAAGGGCAUCCGCGACCGGCGGGUGCGGCUGUCGGUGGCCACCGCCAUCCAGUUCUACGACCUGCAGGACCGCCUCGGCUUCGACCAGCCCAGCAAGGCCAUCGAGUGGCUCAUCAACGCCGCCUCGCCGGCCAUCGACAGCCUCCCGUCCCUCGACCCCGCCGCAUUCGCCGCCAUCCCCGCUGAGGCGGAUGCCGCCGCCGCCGCCGGGGCGACGCGCCGGCGGCAGCAGCAGCAGCAGCAGCAGCAGCUCAGCAAGUCCGGAUGCAGUAGCACGUCGGAGACCAGCAAGGGGUCCGAGCUCUCGCUCUCGCGCUCCGACAGCCGCAUGGGCGGCGGCGGCGGCUCCCGUGACAAGGAGGUCACCGUGGCCAGCGCCCCAGCGCAGGCCCCGUCGUUCACCGAGCUGCUCAUCGCCGGGGUGGCGGCGUCGGCCGGUGGCGCCAUUAGCAGCGGCGAGCAGAGGCAGUCCUGGCAGCCGGCGGCCGUCUCCGAGGUCGCCGCCGACUGCGUCGGCAUCGCGCACCCCGGGAAUAAAGGCGCGGAUGGGGUGUCAACAUACGGCUUCUCCGCCUCCAGCUUCGGUGACGCGCCUCCGAUCGGCAUGGUGCCGGCGCCGCCGUUCAACUUCUCCAGCUCCGGCGACAUGUCGCACUACUCCCUCGCUCAAGAUCAGCUGGCGGCGGCGCCACAGGCUCCGGCCGGCGACUACAACCUCAACUUCUCCAUGUCCUCGGGUUACCUGGGUGCCAACAGGGGGACCCUUCAGUCCAAUUCGCCGUCGCACUUGUCCGGCCACCACCACCAGCAGCUCCAAAGGCUGGAUGGCUCUACCAUCUCCUUCCUUCUUGGCCACGCUGCCGCGGCGGCGCAUCCGGCGGCGUCCGAAGGCCAGCUCACCAGCACCGCCGCAUUGCAGCUGUGGGAUGGAUUCCGGCACUCCGGCGUGAAGGAGAAGAGCAAGAACUGAUCCCGGCAACACAUCCUCCAAGAAUUGAAGACAUCAUCAGAUUAAAUCUGGGCGUCUUCUCCAGCAAGAACUCACCAUGUGGAGCUGCUACAAGUUUAUUGCGAUGACUGCCCGUGUUCUUUUACAUCGUUCUGCUAUGCUUUUUUUUUCUGGCCAUCAUGAACAUCCUCCUGCAGCUGCCUGCCAUUGCCAUUGCUGAGAGACAAGCUUGUGCGUUUCCUUCUCUUCCCAGAUGAAGCUGCUAUGUACAAAUUUUUGUGGGAGACGUGAGUUUCGAACAAGAAUAAGCGUGUCCCGUAGUCAGCGCUAUUCCUUUCCCUUCCAGAAACAUCUAUCGAGUGAAUUGAAUUCAAAUAUUUGUAGUGGCAGUAUUGCGGUCGCGCUCUCUGUUGCGCGGUUUUGCACUAUUGAGGUUGAGAUGGAUCUGAUCAUCUCGUGGUUCAUCCUGUUCUUCGGUGGAGAUUACAAAUGAGUUAGGAGAUGGAAGUGGAACUGGAUGGAACAAGGGUUUGCUAUACCACACGGUUUUUGUGGUUUUGUGAAACAUUUGUGGCGGUUCGCGAAAAAUGAGCGGUCUUCGCUGGUUUUCAUACGGAGUUGAUUAGAAGUGGUUUGUUUUUACUGGUUUCCAAACAAGCACAAAACUAGUUUAAGUUGUUUCACAAUUUAGCAUACUACAUGUAUAUGACAUGUGGUUCUAUGGUCUACCUGUUAUAGAUAUAUUGCGAAAUGACAAAUAUGAGA